ACUCCUUCAUCGCCCUCCAUCACUCCUCCAUCACCCUCUAUCUGCACCCACCUGUCAGCAAAGACUGUUGAAGAGGAAAAGAUGUUCAACCUGUCGGCGGACACGUCUGUAAACGGCACCAACUCCAGCGAUGGGAUCAGUUAUGACUACAAUUUGGAUUUUAUCGAGCCAUGCCCCAUGGACAACAACCACAAUGUGGAGGUGGUGGUGGGUCCCUACAUCCACUCCAUCAUCUGCAUCUUAGGCUUCAUCGGAAACAGCCUGGUGAUCGUCACCUAUGCCUUAUACAAGAGGACCAAGUCUAUGACCGACGUCUACCUCCUCAACGUAGCCAUCGCUGACCUGCUGUUCGUCGCUGUCCUACCCCUCAUAGUUUACAACGAGAAGGCGUCCUGGUCCAUGGGCCCGGUGGCCUGCAAGCUGCUGCGUGGUGCCUACAGUGUGAACUUGUACAGCGGCAUGCUACUGCUGGCUUGCAUCAGUACAGACCGCUACCUUGCGAUCGUGCAGGCCCGCAGGAGUUUCAAGCUACGCUCCUUGUUGUAUAGCCAAAUCAUUUGCACCAUCGUCUGGGCUUUGGCCUUCACUCUCUCCUUCCCCACUUUUCACUUCUACCACCGGUACCUGCCCUCACACCUCAUGGACGGAGAAUACGAUGAAGAGGAGCUUGGCAUUGUCAUACCUGAAUAUGAGGGAACUGUUAAGAAAGAGAUGUCCAAUAACAGCUCUCCUCCUACCAAGAUUGAGUAUGUGUGCGAGUUCAUGUUUACCGACAACGAGAUGGCCCAGCAGAUGAAGGUCCUGGUCCCCAGUGCUCAGUUGGCCGUGGGUUUCUUCCUCCCCCUGCUAGUCAUGUUGUUCUGCUACAGCUGCAUCAUCGUCACCUUGCUGCGUGCCAGGAACUUCCAGAGACACAAGGCAGUCCGUGUGGUUCUGGUCGUGGUGCUGGUGUUCAUCGCCUGCCACCUGCCAUACAAUGUCACCCUUUUGUACGACACAGUCACGAUGUUCAAACCGCAAAAGUGCGAUGGGGUGGACAUCCUACAGGUGGCCAAGACCGUCUCUGAGACCAUAGCUUACCUGCAUUGCUGCCUCAACCCACUGCUGUAUGCCUUUGUCGGGGUGAAGUUCAGGAACCACUUCAGGAAGAUUAUGGAGGACUUGUGGUGUCUGGGGAAGAGGUACAUUGCACCCAGACGCUUCUCCAGAGUCACCUCCGAGAUCUACGUCUCCUCCCGACGCUCUCUCAAUGAAUCUAAUGGAUCAUCUUUUACCAUGUGACCUCACGAGGAGGAUCGUUUGAUGGAGGUGGUAGUGGGGGGACAUGGAGAAGCAGCCCUGAUGUUCCUACAUGCAGAAUUGCCUCCCUGUGGAGCAUCAGCCAACUCCCCAGAAAAAAAAUGUACUUGUGAUUUUUUUUUGCAUAUUUUACUUAAUUUUUACAUGAAGCCUAAGCGGAGAAGAAGCAUUUAAAACUAAGGUAUGGUAAAAGUAAGUAACUCCCCAGAAGUUUGACUCCAAUCCAAACUGAUGACAGAGCAUUCUUGGGGUCUUAAUGGAACCACAUCCAGCAUGAACUGAUCCAAACCUGAUCGAAGCCUGAAAAGAUUAUUUUUCCUAAAACAUAUCAGUAUCAAGACUGUUAAUAAGAAUCUCAAACUUUACAAUCUAUAACAUGUGGAUUCCAGCCAGGUGAAUUGAUGAAGUCG